UAUAUUUGUAUAUGUGACGUUUUAUAAUGUUAUAAAUAAAAAUGUGUUUUCCUAAUAUUGUUUUUAAAUCAUUGUUUGGCAAUUGAACGGUGACAGAGUUGGUGGCUGUGCAUACCGUCAUUUAUAUUCGUUUUCGUUUGCAUAAAGAAAGAAAACGGAAAGUAAUUACGUAUACAGGUAUAAGUAAUAAAAAUAUGACAUAGUAAUUUCAUAAGAAUUUCCUUAAAAAUUUACUUUAAAUUCUUGUACAGAAAUAUUUGAAAGUGUAAGUGAAAAUGUUGCAUUGCACAAUACAUCAGUAUUAAAGGAAAGCUUUAUUAAAACACAAUUCAAUUAUAAAAGAUACAAAAAAAAAAAAAAGAAAAGAAGAUAAAUACAAGUAAAUCUCAUCACAAUCAACAUCGGAUACGGAUGUGGAUUAUAAAUGAAAGGAUUACUGUUUACAUUGCACAAAUCUUGAAGGAAGGAAUAUAAAAGCAACUACACAAAACAAAAAUUUUAUUAUCUAUGAGAGCUAUAAGACAUGUUACGUGGAGUAUACAAAAACGAACAAAAAAAUCUGCAAAUAUGUCUAAACAGUCAUCCUUGUCAAGGUCAUCAACAUUUCCAACAAUGCACAACAAAACAACUUUAUAUAAGAAAAAACUCUUCUUGGAAACAUAUAAUUUCAAAUAUGCUUGGGCGGCGAUAGCAAUUAUGCUAUUGUUCUACGUGGAAGAGGUAUGCAUGGCCAAGAAAUUGAAUGCCAGUCAAGCAUUCGAUGAUACCUGGAGUACGGCUGCGGAUUUAGAAAAUGAACUCGAGUGCGUCUCGUCGCAACAAAAGAGAUCCGCUAAGCAUUUAGCUGGUAACAGCGGUGGCAUGAGUAGUAAUACGGGGAUUAGUUUAGGUCCUUGGUCAGCCUGGUCGGAUUGGUCAACAUGUUCGCGAACUUGUGACGGUGGUGUUAUGCAACAAAUACGACGAUGUCAGAAUGCCAACGGUUGUAAGGGCGAGAGUGUACGUUACCGCAUUUGUAAUAUGCAACCGUGUCCGGAUCAACAGGACUUUCGUGCUCGGCAAUGUGUUGCUUACAAUGACGUGCCUUACGAUGGCACUUUAUAUAAAUGGACGCCCCACUAUGAUUACGUUGAGCCUUGCGCGCUUACUUGCAGAGGACGCCCGGCCCAUUUAAGUGAUGAUAUUUCACCAGAAACCACCGGAGAAGAUGGUGAACAUUAUGAUGAGCUUAGCGUGGUCGUACAACUAACACCGCGUGUUCAAGAUGGUACACGUUGCCGUUCCGGAAGUUUAGAUAUGUGCAUACAGGGCAAAUGCCAGCGAGUUGGUUGCGAUUUGAAAAUUGGCUCAACAAAAAAAGUCGACAGUUGCGGUGUAUGUGGCGGUGAUGGUAGUUCCUGUUCAUCGCAAACACUCUAUCAUUGGGAGAUAGCACCGAUGUCACUAUGUUCUGUAUCGUGCGGCGGAGGUUAUAAGAUGUCUCGGGUUAUGUGUCGUAAUCGUGUCACUGGUACCGAUGUAGAAGAUGCUCUAUGCAAUGCAGCUAAUCGUCCGGAGCCAACAGUAGAAUUAUGUAAUACACAUACCUGCCCGCCACGAUGGAUUGCCGAUGAAUGGAGUCCUUGCAGUCGUUUGUGCGGCCCAGGAGUACGCGAAAGAAUGGUGGUUUGUGCAGAAGAAAGUAAUGGCAUAAAAACACGAGUUGCAGAUAUAAUGUGUCCCUUGCCGAAGCCACCAACCCAAGAGCAAUGCAUAAUGGAAGAAUGUCCAAAAUGGGAGGUUGAAGAGUGGACCAGUUGUUCCGUAUCCUGUGGCCAAGGCAUACAAAUGCGAGGUGCUGAAUGCAAAUCGCCCGAUGGCAGUCUGAGCGCCAAAUGUGAUCCUUUAACGAAACCCUCCAGUGUUCAACAGUGUUCUAAUGGCAUUUCUUGUGACGGUACAAGUAUGAAAGGCGGCGGCACAAUUAUUGUCGGUAGCAGCGGACCUCGGGUUAAUGAUGACGCCGAUCCAGAUGAUGAUGAUGAUGAAGAUGAAGAUGAUGAGGAAGAUUCAAGCGAUAUGGAUGACGAUAACAUUUCCGCCGAUGAUAUUGACAGCUCUUCGUACAAUGAUCAACCGUCUUCUAUGUAUUCGCAUCAUACGAUAAGUCGUUUAAAUCAAGAAGAACCGGAUAGUCCAAGGACAAUGAGUUUAACAUCAAAUAGCUAUUCAUCACGAUACCAUGAAUACGAAAAUGAAAAUGAACCUUCAGAGCCAAUUUUCAUUAAGGAUGUUGAAUGGUCGCCGUGUAGCGUUACUUGUGGCGAAGGCAUACGUCGACGGACGUACCGUUGCAAGAUAUUUUUGGAAUAUUCUCGUACAUUGGCCAUGGUUAACGAUACCUUGUGCGAAGGUGCGCGUCCUCACGAUGAAGUGGAACGUUGCGUUGAGGAGGCUUGCAUGUUGCCUUCACACGGCUACGAAGAUCAAUAUCCACGGGAUUCGAUAAAAGUAGGUGUUUCUGAGCCAGGAAAAACCUAUGUUUGGCGUGAACAAGGCUAUACCUCUUGCAGUGCCAGUUGCCUGGGUGGCGUAGAGGAAUUAAUUAUUAAUUGCGUACGCGAGGAUAACGGUCGAGUUGUAUCCCCAUUUUUAUGCUCGCCUGAGACUAAGCCAGAAGCCCGAGUACGAACUUGCAAUGACCGCCCUUGCCCGCCACGCUGGAAUUACUCAGACUAUACGCCUUGUUCGAAAUCGUGCGGCAUUGGCAUUAAAACGCGCGAAGUUCAGUGCAUACAUGAAGUAACGCGUGGCGGUGAGAAUACCAUGGUGGUGCCGAACAGUAUGUGCCCUCAACCGCCACCGGCCGAUCGCCAGUACUGUAAUGUCCUCGAUUGUCCAGUUCGUUGGGAAGUAGGCGAAUGGUCGAAAUGCUCGCACACCUGCGGUUACGGUAUUAAGGAACGCAAAGUCGAAUGCAAGCAGAUCAUGGCUCAGGAACAUAAAAUCGAACGACCCGAAACCAUGUGUCCGAGUGCCAAACCAUCCGAUAAAAAACCUUGCAAUGUAAAGCCUUGUCCACCCGAAGAUCCUAAGCCAGUUAUACAGAUUAGCAAUACCACUCAUAUACAACACGAUCCGAAGAAAACGAAAAUCACUUUGAAAGUGGGCGGUGCUGGUGUAGUAUUCUUCGGCACACAAGUGAAAAUCAAAUGUCCCGUUAAACGUUAUAAUCGAACAAAAAUUAAAUGGAGCAAGGAUCACAAACCUUUAAUUAAAUCGCGAAAAUUCAAAGUUUCCAAAAAAGGUGCCUUAAGAAUUUUAGACAUAACUUUCCGCGAUGCCGGCGUUUACUCGUGUCACGCCGGAUUAAGCAGUGCAGAAAUUCUGAUUGAGGUUAAGGCUAAGCCAGGGCAACAACCGGAAGAUUUAGAAAGAUAUGAAGCAGAUCGCUUGGUACGUGAAAGAAGCGGUUCAGGAUCUUUAUUAGCAGCCGACAUGAUAACCUUGGAUAACGGAACAUACAAUCCGCAAUCUAAACAACAGCAACGGCAGCAGCUAAAUAAUGGCGUUACUGAAGGAGGAAGAGAACGUAGUAGUAGUCGUUCUAAAUCAGAUGGUGUACUGCAACAUGCGGACAGCAGUAGAAUGGAAGAUGAGCAUUCUCAAUUAGUGCAGCAGGCCCAGGAUGGUUUGCCGCAGCCUGCCAGUGCCAGCAGUGGUGGUAGUCGUCACACAAGCACUUUGCUAACAAUGCCGUACUUUCAAGCUCUGUUAACCAAUCUACAGUAUUUAUGGCCAUCAUUGCAGAAAUUUAGCAAUUCUCGUGGCCAUCAUAUGCUUGUGGACAAAGGCUUGGAGUAUGGCAUCGAUUUCGAUCAGCAAUUGCAUCAGUAUAACACUCAGGAAGAUGAGCCUGACAAAUCAGUAUCGCAAUAUGUGACCAAAAAUGUAAUAUCAAAUUCGCCUCCCACCCUCUCCUAUAGUGAUAUAGAUGCGGAUAAAUCGAAUACGGCAGUUGAAAAAAAUACAUCUAUAAAUGUGAAUGUAAAUGAUGAGAAUGGACUGAAAGAAGAUUUGCAAACAACUAUAGCGACGACGACAACAUUGCAUUUGCCUCAUGCACGUUGGCCUAAUCAUUGGAGUGAUACUACGUCAAAGGCAAACGUAGCACAUGCAGUCACGUACCGUUGGCAAAUGAGUUCUUGGUCCGAGUGUUCACAAAAAUGCGGUGCCGCUGGCAUGGGUUUGCGAAGACGUGCAGUAACUUGCAUACGUGUACAUUUUUUAAAAGAUCCAACACAACCAGAACCUACUAAUCAUUACACAGAGCACGAGGUUGUCGAUAAUUCUUUAUGCAUAGGCUAUGGUUUAUCAAUACCAGAUACUUUUGAAACAUGCACUACUGACAGCGAGUGUCCUCGUUGGAUAAAAGGCGAAUGGACUAUGUGCCAGAGAUCACGUUGUUUCGGUCCCAACACUGCCAUACAAAAGCGAGAAGUUUCAUGUCGUUAUGCCAACGACACAAUAACUUCCAAUUGCUCUGAAUACGAGAAACCUAUUAGCCGACAAGAAUGCUAUAACGAACGUUGCAAGGGUGUAUGGCGUGUAGAGCCCUGGUCAGAGUGCAAUGCCCCUUGUGGCCGUCAGGGUAUUAAGUAUCGUAUAUUGCAAUGUGUUUGGUAUGGCACUAGACGGCCAGCAGGCAACGCAUGCAAACAUCAACCACGUCCAGCAGUCAUGAAAGUUUGCAGAAGCCCACCAUGCUACACCAAAACUCUUCAGCAAUGUAAGGAUACUUCACGUUAUUGUCGCAAUGUACGCUCAAUGGGUUUGUGCCGCUUGUACCGCUAUCAGGAGAAAUGCUGCAAAUCAUGUCGUUACCAUAGGAAUGCAAAUUAGCAAAGAAUUACUAACGUAGAUCGUGACAACGAAUACACUUACGGUCUCGUAACACUAUAUGCACCACAACCACCAAAAUCAGCACCACCACCACCACCACCACCAUCAUCAUCCCUAGCAAAAGAAGAUAAUGUUACAUAACCACAUCAAACCAAACUAAAUGAUAUUGAAAAUCAUAAUAACACAAGAACACAAAAACAUAACAACUAAUAUGCAACAAAUUGCAAGACAUUGCUAUAAUUAAUUUAUUAUAAGUUUUGAUAAUAUUUUAAAAGGGAAAGAAAAUAAACAAAAAAAAAAAAAACA